CUAUGCUCAAUUAUAAGGGUCUUUCAGGGUCUUCUAAGAAAAGCCCUAUGGGGUUAGCUUUGCCAAUAUCGACGUCAUAUUGAACUGAUCAAGAUUUAUAUAUACCUAGAUAGAGAUCAACUACGGUUUUUAAACGGAUAGAUUCCCGAAUCAUUGAUUACUACUAGACGAUUGGCUCGUUAUUACCGACUCUCAACAUCGAUAAUUGAUAUCGCCUACACAUUUCUCCAUUACGUUGUACCAAUACGGGAGACGACAAAAUAUCGAAGAUGGGUGAGAGACAGGAUAUUGAAUCGAAGCCUCCUUGUCAUGCUAGAGCAUGUGCCAUUCAAGAUUGCCUAGGAAAGAAUGGUUAUAAUGAAGAGAAAUGCUCGGAUUUCAUCGAUGCGUUAUACGACUGCUGUGACGCAUUUUACCAAAAAUACGGUGAUAAAGCAUCUAGCCCUAGUUGUCCGAAAGCUAGCCUGCUACGAUUGAAACUGAAGCAACGGCAGGAGGAAAAGAACAAAGGAAAGGGCACGAGUUGAAAAUGCUCCAUGAUUCAUCCUGCGCUAUGAAUCUGACUUGUUUGAUUUCCCCCGUAUAUAAUUGAUCCUAUUGUAUAUCUGGGGAUUGGCGCCUGCAGUUUUGCGUGGACGAGCGUGGCAUGUUCUACAUCUCCUUCUGUGCGUUGGUCUGAAUAAAGAGGUCAGGCAACAAUUACGGAGAGCAGAAAUCGUUCUAGGCGAUCAUUGAGCGCGCAAGAGAUCCGCAUGGGAUCUGGACAAGCAUUGAAAGCAAUAUGUGGCUUGUCCCGAGACUCUAAUAUGAAUGCCGAUGACAUUGAAGAAAGAAAGAAAGGAAAAUAGAAAAAUUUUGGCUCAGAAA